GAAGAUUAUGAAUCUAUGCAUGGAGAAGAGUAUGAACUAAUGUAUGAGGAAGAGCAUGAACCAAUGCAUGAGAAAUAUUAUAUACCAAUAUAUGAGAAAGAGUAUAAACCAAGUUACAAUUAG